AUGGCAGCAUCACGAAUAAGUAGCUUUACAAAUCUGUCGCCAAGCAUAUACGAUCGUCGUCAGGUACAAGCACGGAUACGUGCUCUUCAGCAGCGAGCAAAUGCAUUGUAUGAAGAAUUAUCUCGUUCAUCAUCAAAUGCUAAAACAGCUGGCGUUGAUAUCGAACGAGCUUAUAUGGCAAUAACACAUGAAUUUCGUGAACAGCGUGAUCAGCUUUUACGACGUCUUCAUCAUGUAAAAAAAGAUAUCAAAGAAUCAUCCGAGGAACUCGAUGGUAUACGUACAAGCUUACAUACCGCGCAAUCAUUUCAUUUACCAAAAAUUUCACCAAGAUAUUCAGUUGACUUGGAAGCAUACGAAAUGAAUGCUAUGGUUGAUGAUAUCGAACGUGUACUCAAUAAAGUAGCACAACAAUUGAAACGAUUUCAUUUUAUGCCAUCGUAUGGUCAUUCUAUGGGUAAAAAACUGGGUACACUAAACAGUAAAACUGUGGCACGCGAAGGAACGGGAUUAACAUCAUAUGGAUCUUUUGUUAAGGAAUAUCCUACAACAAAUGUUUAUAUUCAUAAACUUUAUACAGUUGAUUUAGAUAUAUCUGCACAAUGGGUUAUAUCAUCUAUAGAUAAACGCAUAUUUUUAUGUGAUAUUGAAGGCGAAAUACGUAUAUUUUCGUAUUCACGUCAUUUACAUCGGCAGCCUUUGUUAACAGAACGUUUUCAUCUAUCGAAUAUACGUUUAAUAUCAUUAUUUACAGCUACGAAAGAUUAUUUAAUUGCAUUUGAAAUUGAUACACAAAUUUUAAGUUUACAUACACAUCAUGGAGCCUUACUGAUACGUUUAUAUUUUCCGUACGAUCCAAUUAUGAUGACUCGUUGUGAUUAUUAUAUGAAAAAUCAAAUAUGGGCAUGUAGUCGUAAUAAACGGCAAUGCUCUCAAUUUAGUCUAAAUCACACAACAAAACAAGUUUACGUUUUAGAUGAAUUAAAUUUUACAAAGCCCAUAGCAAAUAUUUUAAUCGAUCCAGUUGGUAUCUCAUGCGAUGAACAAGAUCGAAUUGCUAUACAUGACGUUAACACGACAACAACAGAUCGUUUACUAAUUUUUAUGAAUAAAACGAAUAGAAUAAUACCACUCGACUUUGUAAAAUAUCAUGAUAAACUAUUAUCUUCGCGUAUUGAACGUGUCCUACUAGUACCUAAACAACCGAAUUUAAUAGUUGUUGUUUAUGCUCCACAAUCGUCAACGACAAACCUCCAUGAAAUUAUCGUUGUUGAUAUUAGUACGAAACCAACACAAAUACUUCAUUAUUUUGCAGAAGCAAAUGGAAUACAAAGCAUAGAUGUAACAUCAAAUAAUGAAUUAGUUUAUACAGUUACAAGACCCACAAAUAAACGUAUACCACCGAAGAUGCAUAUCUACAGUAUAAUCGAUUAA